CCAGUGAGGAUGAGGCCUGGAAGACGUACCUGGAAAACCCCCUGACGGCCGCCACCAAGGCCAUGAUGCGGGUCAACGGGGACGAUGACAGCGUCGCCGCCCUGAGCUUCCUCUACGAUUACUACAUGGGUCCCAAGGACAAACGGAUCCUGUCCUCCAGCACCGGUGGCCGCAACGACCAGGGGAAGAGGUACUACCACGGCAUGGAGUAUGAGACGGACCUCGCGCCCCUCGAGAGCCCCACCCACCUCAUGAAGUUCCUGACAGAGAACGUGUCCGGGACCCCGGAGCACCAGGAUCUGCUCAAGAAAAACAACCUGAUGAGCCUGGAGGGGGCUGUGCCCAGCCCGGGCAAGGCCGCGCCCCUGCCCCCGGGCCCCAGCAAGCUGGAGGGCUCUGUGGACAGCUACCUGCUGCCCACCAGCGACAUGUAUGAUAACGGCUCCCUCAGCACCUUGUUUGAGAGCAUUCACGGGGUGCCACCCACGCAGCGCUGGCAGCCAGAUAGCACCUUCAAGGAUGACCCGCAGGAGUCACUGCUCUUCCCAGACAUCCUGAAAACAUCCCCGGAACCGUCAUGUCCUGAGGACUAUCCUGGCCUCAAGAGUGACUUCGAGUACACCCUGGGCUCCCCCAAAGCCAUCCACAUCAAGUCAGGCGAGUCGCCCAUGGCCUACCUCAACAAGGGCCAGUUCUACCCAGUCACCCUGCGCACCCCAGCUGGCGGCAAAGGCCUGGCCUUGUCUUCCAACAAAGUUAAGAGCGUGGUGAUGGUCGUCUUUGACAACGAGAAGGUGCCAGUGGAGCAGCUGCGGUUCUGGAAGCACUGGCAUUCCCGGCAGCCCACUGCCAAGCAGCGGGUCAUCGACGUGGCUGACUGCAAAGAGAACUGUAACACGGUGCAGCACAUCGAGGAGGUGGCCUACAACGCGCUGUCAUUCGUGUGGAACGUGUACGAGGAGGCCAAGGUGUUUAUCGGCGUCAACUGCCUGAGCACAGACUUCUCCUCGCAGAAGGGGGUCAAGGGCGUCCCCUUGAACCUGCAGAUCGACACCUACGACUGCGGCCCGGGCUCCGAACGCCUGGUGCACCGCGCCGUCUGCCAGAUCAAGAUCUUCUGUGACAAGGGAGCCGAAAGGAAGAUGCGAGACGACGAGCGGAAGCAGUUCCGGAGGAAGGUCAAAUGCCCCGACUCCAGCAACAGUGGUAUCAAAGGCUGCCUGCUGUCCGGCUUCAGGGGCAACGAGACCACCUACCUGCGGCCUGAGGCUGACCUGGAGACCCCGCCGGUGCUGUUCAUCCCCAACGUGCACUUCUCCAGCUUGCAACGCCCCGGAGGGGCGGUCCCCUCGGCAGGACACAGUGGCUCUAACAGGUUGCCUCUGAAACGCCCCUGCUCGCCUUUUCCCGACGACUUUGAGCCCCUGCCCUCCAAGCAGGCCAAGGAAGAUGACCUCCAGAGAGUUCUGCUCUACGUCCGGAGAGAGACCGAGGAGGUGUUUGAUGCCCUCAUGUUGAAGACCCCAGACCUGAAGGGGCUGAGGAAUGCGAUCUCUGAGAAGUAUGGGUUCCCCGAAGAGAACAUUUACAAAGUCUACAAGAAAUGCAAGCGGGGAAUCUUGGUCAACAUGGACAACAACAUCAUCCAGCAUUACAGCAACCACGUCGCCUUCCUCCUGGACUUGGGGGAGCUGGACGGCAAGAUCCAGGUCAUCCUCAAGGAGCUGUGA